AUGGCGGUCCACGACGGCAGCCACCACCUCACGGUGCUGGUGGUUAUGAUUUUUAGGCCCAACAACAUCACAAGCUUCUCACUCAUCAGACCAAACACAUACACAAGCCCACAUCCACCUAAGGUAGCGGCUCAUGACAGCAGAAUAGCGCCGAGUGCAGCUGUGAACAGUGACAGAAAAGGAGAAGAAGAAGAAGAAGAAGAAGAAAAAGCAGUAGGAUGGCGUAAUGGUGGUAGCGGACACACCCAACUAUCGCGCCGUCAAGUUUAUCUCGCCGGAAGGAAAGUGAAUCACCGCCCCGUUCGUGGUUCCCUUAGGUCGGGACUGCGUGUAGGCCAAGAUUUUGGUGUUGUAACAUUUAUGUUACGUUUUGCGUUACAUUUAAUGUGGUCAUUUGUGGUUUGUUCCCGAACACGGAGUGCAAGUCCCCUACCCGAUGCAUCACUUUACAGUCCUCCUAAGGGAAAAGUCGAUAACCCAAUCACCUUGUUUGAGGCAGGUCUGUUCUUGCCCACCACUGAUUUCUUCAACUUGAUCAUCUGGGAAUACGAGUUUUCAGUUAGAGAGUUGUCCCCUAUCGCUAUAAACAAGAUAGUAGUCAGAACCCUCUCUCGCCGGCGGGGAAUCCCUACAUUUAUCCAUGAUAAGAAGUCCAAGAAUAACUGGUUGGAGAAGUUCUUAUGGGUGAACAACGAUAUCAUCGUGCUAAGUUACUUGAGGGCUAAGGUGUAUGUCGACCGUGCUCCCACAUUGUUUAGUGCUUACAAGGAACUGGAUGAUAUCCUAUAG